AUGAAGAAUCUAGUUUUGUUAGCGUUUUUGUUUCUAAGCUUUACCACUUUGAUCAAUGCUGGUAUCACCAGCAAGUUUGUCCGCCAAGCUAUGCCGUCCGUUGAGAUGUCCCUCGACACGUUCCCUUCUCCUGGUGGCUACAACACUCCCGAACAGGUUCAUCUAACCCAAGGAGAUCAUGAUGGAAGUGGUAUGAUUGUCUCGUGGGUUACACCGAUAAAUCUCGCUGGCUCGGACGUUGUUACUUACUGGAUCGCUCCUAAUACUACUGAUGUUAAGCCGUUGAAGAAGAGAGUUCAUGCAGCUACAAAGUCUUACAGAUUCUAUGACUAUACUUCUGGAUUCCUCCAUCAUGCUACCCUUAGAGGACUCGAGUUCGAUACCAAUUACACUUAUGAGAUUGGUACUGAUAAAUCCGCUAGAAAAUUCUCCUUUAAAACUCCUCCAAAGGUCGGACCUGAUGUUCCAUACACAUUUGGAAUCAUUGGUGAUCUUGGACAAACUUAUGCUUCUAACGAGACAUUGUAUCAUUACAUGUCAAACCCUGUAGGAGAAGCUGUUCUCUUUGUCGGAGACUUGUCUUAUGCCGAUGACCAUCCGAACCAUGACCAGAGAAAAUGGGACUCUUGGGGAAGAUUCAUGGAGCCUUGUGCGGCUUAUCAGCCUUUCAUCUUUGCAGCCGGGAACCAUGAGAUUGAUUUCGUUCCAACCAUAGGUGAGCCUCACGCUUUCAAACCAUACACUCACCGUUACCCCAACGCCUAUAAAGAUUCAGGAAGCACUUCUCCUCUUUGGUAUUCACUCAAACGUGCAUCAGCGUACAUUAUUGUCCUCUCAUCUUACUCUCCAUAUGCUAAGUACACGCCUCAAUACAUGUGGCUCGAGGCAGAGUUGAAGAAGGUGAACAGAGAAGAGACUCCUUGGUUGAUUGUCAUGGUUCACUCUCCAUGGUACAACAGUAAUAACUACCAUUUCAUGGAAGGUGAGAGCAUGAGGGUUAUGUUCGAAUCAUGGCUCGUUAACAGCAAGGUGGAUUUGGUUUUGGCGGGUCAUGUUCAUGCUUACGAGAGAUCUGAACGUAUCUCUAACAUCAAGUACAAUAUUACCGAUGGCUUGUCUACUCCGGUGAAAGACCCAUCUGCUCCUAUUUACAUCACAAUCGGAGAUGGUGGAAACAUCGAAGGUAUUGCAAACAGCUUUACCGAGCCACAACCAAGUUACUCCGCAUAUCGUGAGGCGAGUUUUGGUCAUGCCAUUUUGGAAAUCAAGAACAAGACUCAUGCUGCCUACACAUGGCAUAGGAACCAAGACAACGAACCCGUGGCCGCUGAUUCCAUUAUGUUGCUUAAUCGAUACAAUUUGCCAAAGGAAGAAUCGGUUUCCGGCAAUGUUUAA